AAACUCUGGAAGUGUAGAUGUGAUGUCAUGUUUUGUCCACAGAGACCAACAGGAGAGAUCAGAGUCUGAGAUUCUCAGUGGUCAAUCUGUCCAGAGUCAUCAAACAGACCUGUCGUCUAUAUUCAGUUUACUUGAACAGAAUAUCAUGAUGUUUGUGAAGAAAGAGUUAAAGAGGUUUAAGACAAUGCUGAGUUCAGAUCUCCCAGAAGGAUUUAAGAGUCAGAGGGAGGAUGAGGAAGGUGUGGACCCUGAAGAUGAGAAGCAGGAGAGCAGUGCCAAAGCGGGGGCUCUGAAGAUCACACUGCAUGUCCUGAGGAACAUGAACCAGAAGGAUCUUGCUGACACACUGGAGAAAAAUGAGCUUGCUGUGAUUUGCCAACAUGAUCUCAAAUCUAACCUGAAGAAGAAGUGUCAGUGCUUAUUUGAGGGUAUCGCUAAACAAGGGAACCCAACACUUCUCAAUAAGAUCUACACAGAGCUCUACAUCACAGAGGGUGGAAGUGGAGGAGUCAAUAAUGAACAUGAGGUGAGACAGAUUGAGACAACAACCAGGAAACAAACAAGACCAGAGACAGCAAUCAAAUGUAAUGACAUCUUCAAACCCACACCUGGACAAGACAAACCUAUCAGAACUGUGCUGACAAAGGGAGUCGCUGGAAUUGGAAAAACAGUUUCUGUGCAGAAGUUCAUUCUGGACUGGGCUAAAGGAAAAGCCAAUCAGGAUGUCCAAUUUGUAUUUCCCCUCCCUUUUAGGGAGUUGAAUUUAAUGAAAGGGGAUGAACUCAGUUUGAUUCAACUCAUCAAUCAUUUCUCAGUUGAAACCAAUAAAGCAAGAAUCUCUAACUACAACAAAUACAAAGUUGUGUUCAUCUUUGAUGGUCUGGAUGAGUGCCGACUGCCCCUUGACUUCCAGAACAACAAGAGCUGUUAUGAUGUGACAGAGUCAACCUCAGUGGAUGUGCUGCUGACAAACCUCAUCAAGGGAAAUCUGCUUCCCUCUGCUCUCCUCUGGAUAACUACCAGACCUGCAGCAGCCAAUCAGAUCCCUUCUGGGUGUGUUGACCUGGUGACAGAGGUGAGAGGGUUCAAUGACCCACAGAAAGAGGAGUACUUCAGGAAGAGAUUCAGUGAUGAGGACCUGGCCAACAGAAUCAUCUCACACAUAAAGACAUCAAGGAGCCUCCACAUCAUGUGUCACAUACCAGUCUUCUGUUGGAUCGUUGCUACAAUCCUUGAGCACAUGUUGACUACAGAUGAUAAAGUAGAGCUGCCCAAGACCCUAACAGACAUGUACUCACACUUCCUUGUGUUUCAGUCCACACACAGGAAUGUAAAGUAUGAUAGGAAAAAAGAGACAGAUCCACACUGGAAUAAAGAGAGCAUUCUGACACUGGGAAAACUGGCUUUUCAACAGCUACAGAAAGGCAAUCUGAUUUUCUAUGAAGAAGAUUUAAAAGAGUGUGGCAUUGAUAUCAAUGAAGCAUCAGUGUACUCAGGAGUCUGUACACAGAUCUUUAAAGAGGAAUGUGGGCUGAACCAGGACAAGGUGUUCUGCUUUGUCCAUCUGAGUAUUCAGGAGUUUCUAGCUGCAGUCUAUGUUCUCUCAUUCAACAACAACAAUAAGAAUCUAAUGGAUGAACAACAGUCAACCUUCAUAACACUUCUACUCUGGACAACACCUGAAAUAUAUUUUCACAGAAAGCAAGUCACAUUCUACAAGACUGCUGUGGAUGAAGCCUUCCAGAGUAAGACUGGACACCUGGAUCUUUUCCUUCGCUUCCUUCUGGGUCUCUCACUAGAGUCAAAUCAGAAGCAUUUACGAGGUCUACUGACAAAGACCAAAAGCAGCUCACAGAGCCAUGAAGAAACCAUCAAGUACAUCAAGAAGAAGAUCAGGGAGAAUCCCUCUUCAGAGAGGUGCAUCAAUCUGUUCCACUGUCUGAAUGAACUGAAUGACCGUUCUCUAGUGGAGGAGAUCCAAAGAUACCUGAGUUCAGGACGUCUCUCCAGAGAAGAACUGUCACCUGCACAGUGGUCAGCUCUGGUCUUUGUGUUACUGACUUCAGAAGAGGAGAUUGAUGUGUUUGACCUGAAGAAAUACUCCACAUCAGAGGAAGGUCUUCUGAGGUUGUUGCCAGUGAUCAAAACCUGCAGAACUGCUCUACUGUCAGGUUGUAGAAUCACAAAGAAACUGGAUCUGAGCUACAAUCAGCCAGAGGAAUCAGGAGUGAUUAAACUCUCUGCUUUGAUGGAGGAUCCACAAUGUAGACUGGAGACUCUGAAGUGA